UAGUUACUGUGGAUACUCGUCCCGAGGUUGGUAGUGCCGUGUGCCGUGAGACACUAGCGCCCCUCGCGGCGAAACACCGAAGCCUCGCUUCCGGUUCCAGUACGGGAGCGGUUGAUUGUUUCUCAUUUUCCGUAGCGUGGCCACAAACGUCCAACCAUGGCGAGUCACAAAACCUUUAAAAUCAAGAUAAAGCUUGCCAAGAAGCUUAAGCAGAACAGACCCAUCCCUCAGUGGAUUCGCAUGAGGACAGGCAACAAAAUCAGAUACAACGCCAAGAGGAGGCACUGGAGGAGGACCAAGCUGAAGCUGUAAGCUUCGACACCCAAUUGCCUGCAUUGCCCUAUUUGCUGUCAUGAUGUGGUGUCCCAUUAAAUAUUAAUGUUCUCCUAGUU